AUGUCAACCUCACUCAUAGACUCCUACUCACAGUCUGGGCCUGUUGGUUCAACUGAAUACAAUGCAGAGUUCUGCUGGAAGCCUGCCAGUAAACCUGAAUGCACGGACACAGGAAGAGCCUCAGAACAGAGGAGAAACAACCCACAUCCCAGCCAGGAUUUCAUGGUGUGGAGGCUACCCAGGAACGCUAGGCCACGUUACGAGUAUGUAGCCUUCCCUUCAAAAUGUCUUCCAUCAGAGGGCGCAAUCCAUGAAGCUUUAAGAGAACAGUACUGCUCCACCUACACCUGUGACUUCCUGGGAAAAGCUCAAGGACAUGAUGAUAUUGAAAAAGCACAUGAGCAGCUGCCCCCUUUGCAGCACAGGCACAGGAUGGAGGGGUCACUCUCACCGGAGAAUGAGACGACAGGCAGUUUUCAGGAGCCGAAGCACAGAGAUCCACAUGUGGCCAGCUGUGGUAUCGGUCCGGUCGUCUCUGAUUCUGCUGCCGUCACUUUCAGUGAUCAUGUUUUUGUUGCCCCACAAGUUUAAGGGUUUACGUAGGAUUUUACCAGAAAAGGAUCAGCAUCAGCAUGUUCUAGAAAGGUUUUACAGAGUUCCUCUCAGAAAGUAAUAGAGAUUAGAGAGUAUUUCUUUAUUGAUUUUGCAGAGGAGGGGGCUGUAAAAA